AACCACCGGAGUUGAGCGUCCUCUGCUGCUUUGAGCAGAAACCCCCGGGUUUUGGACACGAACACGGGCUGUGCUUGGAUACGUUGCGGUCUCCCUUUGAAACAUCUCCCUUCUCGCACCCGUCCUUACUUUCGUCUUGUGCUCGUCCGUGUCCGCAUGCUAGAGGCCUUGAUGGUAGAAGCGUGUCUGAUUCGGGUUUCUUUAACCCUUAUAAUCCUUCCGUGCUGUGUUGCUGCUGACCAGUCGUUUGAUCUUUACUACCGUUUCUUGUGCCCGUUUCUUGUGCACUGUUUUCCGACGUUCUCGUCAUUUUGUCGCGAGGCUUUUUCUUUUCCUACACCUUGUUUCCCCGGGGUGGUGAGCACAUGGACUAAUACUCUAUCUGAUUUUAAUGACGUAUGUGGACAUGGGUUAGGAAUGUAAAUACGGGAGACAAACAAAAAUAUCAUACAAUAUACAUUAAAAUAUCU